UUCCCUGCCUGUUCGUUCCCAGUCCAGAGGUGUGAGCGAUGAGGGUCUUUGUGUUGGAUAAAUGGGAGCUCGCUGGCCUGUCCUGACCUUGGCCUCCGUGGGCAUCGGGGCUUCACUUUGCGACAGGACCGGCACUGCCCUGUCCCCUCCUUCGACCCGCUCUGCCCUUUGCCUCUUCCUGUGAGAACACGCAGGUCGUACUGAGCUGCCACGUCUCUGGCACGGGGUCGCCGGCGUCCGGCAAGGCCGCCCCACGCCUGUCCAUGCACACCAGCCCACGCUGGGCCGGACCGGGCUCUUACCUCGUCCCGUGUCAUCCAGGUUCUCGGGACCGGAAGUCAGGCGGGAGACUCGGCUCCCCGAAGCCAGAGCGGCAGAGAGGCCAGAAUUCCAAGGUGCCCGUGGCCCCGCCGGACAGGAAGCGCCAGUUGUCUCCCCAGUGCAAGAGCUCCAGUAAGAUCACCAGUGUGCCCGGCAAAGCGUCGGACGCCGGCACGGCCAGCGCCGUGUCCAGCGGCACCAAAUCCGGGAAGGCCAGCACGCUGUCGCGGCGCGAGGAGCUCCUGAAGCAGCUCAAAGCCGUGGAGGACGCCAUCGCGCGCAAGCGGGCCAAGAUCCCCGGGAAGGUGUAGGGGCCCCGCAGGCCCGGCCCCCGCCGCACAGAGAGACUCGAGUUUUUAUAACUAGAGUGAGCACAGCCGUCUUGGAUUUUGAAGUUAACGUCUCAUUUUGGCUGUGAAUCUUUUUAAAAGUUGAAAAAGAAAAGUUUCUCAGCUGCAAAAGAAGCCACACACGGUGAAGAUGAUGCUGAAUCCCAGUCUUCUCCCUCCCAGACCAGACUGAACCAGCCGCAUCCCAGAGCAGAAGUCCCGCCAGACAGGCCGGCAGGCCGGCGGCAGGAGCGAGGACGCAGCACCACUUUUAUGUACAUGAUCAGUCCCGGGCGCCCAGUUCCGCCUGCCCGCCUUCCCUCCCCGCUGCCAGCCAGCCUGCCCUGCGUCCUGUCCUCCGCACGCGCUCCUUCCCGGCCCGGGAGCGCCCCGUGCUCCUGAGCAGCCUCCUCCCCGUCCCCGCCUGGCCCCAGGGUCAAAAAAUAGAUAUAUAUUCUUGACUGAAGUCCGAUUGGGAAAUAUUUCCUGUCUUUUAUUUUAAGCAUCAGAUUGUUUUAGUUGAUUUAAAAAGGAAAAAAAAAAAUACAGAAAAGACCAAAAAAAAAGGCUGAGGGUGUUGUUGGGCGUCUGUGUAAUGUGGAGGGUCUUUUUUUGAGGGGUCUCCUAAAAUAAAGUAUUUUGA